GGUAUACUUUGCCAGGCACACUCUGUUGAGGGUAGCACUUAUUUGUACAAAUGAUAGACAUGGAAGAUCAAUCGAUGGCAUCCAUAUCUGGAAGAGGGUUGAAAAACACAAAGGAAGAAACUGCUUCUGAGGCAGAAUGCCCGUUUGGCGUACCUAGCUCAUCUGUAUUUAGUUAUACAAAUAUGUCAUCUGUGGCCAAUUUCCAAGAUUGGUCGGAGCAGAGCACCGGCACACAUUCAUUUAUUGUUCAAUUGUCUGCAGAUAGCAAGGAGGGCAAUUUACAUUGUAGCGGUUUUCCGGGAUGUCAUAGUAUCGAAAUACCUACAUCAACGGAUGAAACGAAUGAUACACAUCGCACAACUGGUAUCACACAGAGCCUUAUUCACAUGGCGGCACCAGAUGAACAUUCUGAUUCGAAUGUAUCAUCGACUGAACCACUAAACCAAUCGACCUCAUCUGUUUCACAAUCAAACAGUCUACUUGGCUCCCCUCUGAUGGAAGAUGUUACACCGUCGAUUAAUACUCAACCAGUAGAAGAGCACAAGACUGCGUAUAUGAAUCAUUCGUCAGACAUAAAUGUCGGCGUUGAUAAUUGUUCCAAAAAACGUGAUAUUCCAAAUCCCAAACAUGAGAAUCAACCAGAGCAGGAAUCUGUGGCUACAGCGGAUGUAACCCCGCAUACUUCUGAAGAUCACAAGCCCGAUGAUUCUAAAAAACGUAAAAACCCUAGAAGGGCAGCUGCAAAGAAGGCUGUUUAUGCUUCGGUAGAAUCUGAAGAUCCUAUGUUGACACAGUCAGGUGUUCCUGCUGACACCAAAACCGCGAAAGGAAAGGCUGCACCUAGGGGUGGACGUAAUAAAAAUGGUUCCAACCCGAAACGUAAGAAAAAAGAAGUUGACGAUGGAGACUCAGAUAAGGAUAUUGGUCCGCAAUCUAAGAAAUUCAAGAAAAAAGACUUCAUUCGUGAUACACUGCAUAUGUUGACUAUGUGCAAGCUCAAUACGCCAAUACCGGAGGAAAUAUUCAGUGUUAUUACGGACAACUAUGUAUCAAUUUCUGGUUCUCUAGAAGAUCAUGUAAUUGACAGCUACUGCUGUGAUACUGAUAUUUUGAGUGUUGAGGAGCUCAAGAAAGAAAUGGGAGCUAGUGAUAACAUUUUCGUGUCAAAGUGCCAUCUCAGUGUGAAUGAAGAAGGAAUUCCAUGUUGGUGCUGUUGUUAUAUAGAUUUCUUUGGUGACUUUGAACAAAAAAAGUUUGUCACCGAUGUGCUAGGAUUUGAACUAGCUGAACAACUUGCUGAAAGAAGCAGGGAAAAUGCCGAGAUAUCAUUUCACAUGUUGUGGAUACAGCAAAAUAAGGAUCACCUAAAUUUCGAUAUACCAGAUAAUGCAUCGAAAUUGGUAUUAGAAAGAUUGAUCCAAAUAAAGGAUAUCCUCAUGCGAAUUGAUGACAUCGGAUUGUUAGUGGGUGAAAUGCGUCGUGUAAUUCAGCAGUGAGCGACAUACAUGUCUGUUGCUAUGAUAUGUUAACCCACGUAUAUACUAUCACGUAUCAUUCUUGUAGAAUUGUUUACUGUAGCUUCUCUGAACUCAAACUCUAAAUGUCUGUUUCCCUAAAAGUUUUUUGUAGAUGCAGUUACCGCUACUAACAUUCUGA